GGCAACAUUGCACGGACAGUCGACAAUCGCUUGUGUGUGAUGACUGGCGGAGGAUUGCUCUUCGUCGGGUUCUUGGCUACUGCGUUCGUCAGUAACGUUUAUCAGUUGGCCAUCACUCUUGCACUAACAGGUUUUGGUCUGAGCCUUGCGUACUUGCCACAGGUAAUGCUGUUGAUGGUGUCUUUUCCUGAGCGAUUCCCCUUCAUGUUUGGCCUCGCUGGAUUGGGCGGUUCGUUUGGUAUGAUGGUGUGCCCACCUAUUGUCGACCUUCUGACGAUGACGUAUGGAUGGCGUGGCGCCAUGCUAAUCAUUGCUGCCGCCAGUCUGAACGUCACGGCAUGUGGCGCCUUACAGAGGCUGCCGCCGUCAGGUUAUGCGAAACUAAAAAAAGAAGACAGUGAAAGCUCACAUAACGGACCAAGCGACAUCCGUUCCAAGCUCAGUGCCUUUGCCUCUUCAGUGGUCCAAUGGCUCUCGUUGCAUUUCUGCGUCAAGCAUCCCAGGGUGCUGCUGCAUUUAACUACAUGGCCCCUCCUGGGAGCCGUGUUCGCGGCUUGGAUGGUGUUCCUGGUUCCACACGCUAUAGCGAGGGGUAUCCCUAGCGUUCAAGCUGCCUUCCUGUCAACGGCAGGGGGAAUUGGACAUCUUCUCGGCAGGGCUGUCCACCCAUUCAUCCUUGACCGCAAGCUCAUGAGCGCGUUCUGGAUGUUCGUGGUACUGAAUCUCGUCAAUACUGUCUCCUUUUUCCUGGACUAUGCAGCUGCGGAUAACUAUUUGGCUCUAAUGUUGUUGGCCGGCGUAAACGGGGCUGCAGAAGGAGUCAUCAAUUGGAUUGCUCUGUCGGUCACGAAAGAACUCUACGAGGAAACAGGCUAUGUCACGGACAUUUACAUAAUAGGUAUCUGCCUAUUCGGCACUGGGGAGGUGUUGGGCAGUUUUCUUGCGGGAGAGUUAUACAACCUGACGCAAAACUACAGUGCUUCGUUCUUCUCGCUUGGUUUCAUGGCUGGUGUAACGACGGCUAUGUGUAUCGUGGAUCGCUUGGCUUCAAAGUGUUUCACUGACACCGGUUGAUUGCAAUGGACAUUUUCAUUUUCACAUACACUGUAACGUAACUUCAGAUUAAUAUACAAACAUAACAUGGUUUGAGGGUGGACAGUCGAUA